AUGAUCGCAUUCAUGGACAGUUUACGGAAAAUUAAUGACAGAGCUUUGCAGGUGCUACAGAAUGCCGACGAACUCUUUGAACGACCUGAGUUCUCAGCUGCUGCCGAUAUCGGAUGGCCAGAUUGCUUCAACAGCGGUGUUUUUGUCUACGUACCUAGCAUGGAGACCUACCGUAAGUCAUUUGAAGUGGUGUUUAUAAACGCAAAUUUACUAAAUAAAGCUGAUUCACAUGAAAUGUUUGUUUCAGUCGACAUGUCCGAGGCCUGGGUUACACUCGCCACUCACGACGGCUAUGCUCAAGGAGCGCUGGUUUUAGCUCAUUCGCUUAAAGCAGUUGGAACCACAAAGAAACUUCACUGCAUGCUCACAAACACGGUGUCUCCUAGCCUCCGUGACGAAUUAGCAGCGCAGUUCGAUGAAGUGACGUACGUAGAUGUCUUGGAUAGUAACGAUCAGGAAAACCUUGCUCUGAUCCAACGACCCGAUCUUGGUUGUACGUUCACAAAACUUCACUGCUGGCGAUUGACGCAAUACACCAAGGCUGUGUUCUUGGACGCCGAUACAAUGGUGCUACAGAAUGCCGACGAACUCUUUGAACGACCUGAGUUCUCAGCUGCUGCCGAUAUCGGAUGGCCAGAUUGCUUCAACAGCGGCCGUUUGUUGGCAUUCGCAAUCUCGCAUGGCUCUUUCGACGGAGGUGAUCAAGGCCUUCUGAAUGAGUUCUUCGCUGGUUGGCGUGAUUGGCCUGCGAUUCAUCGACUGCCUUUCAUCUACAACAUGACAGCCGGCUCAUUUUACACGUAUGCGGCUGCUUUCAAAAGAUUUGGUGCUAACACGAAGAUAGUGCACUUUAUCGGAGCUGAAAAACCAUGGCACGGAUCAUCGUCGGCCCAGGGUGCCCACCUGGAGUUAUGGAGACAAAUUCAUCAUCAGAGUGUUGCUGCUCAUAAGACGUCGUCAUGUGAGCCAACUUCUCAGCCGUCUCAUCCGUCCUCUUCUCAUCCGACGUCGACGACGCCGCUCCCGUCAUCUCCACGAUCUACAGAAUCCCAUCAUCAAUCAGGAUCUUGCGAUACGUCAUCGACAUCAUUUAGUAACGUUCAUCACGUUGAAACGCUUGAAUAUCAGCACCAGCCACAUUACGACGCUCCUGGAAUGACGUCGCAUGCACCUGAACAGCCUGAACAGCCUGAACAGCCAUGUUUUCAGCACGUUACGCAGAAUUUAGGUAGCAAUUUGGUUUCUGAUCGUGCGAUGUGUGUAGAUGUAGAUUCGCAUGCGUUCGUAGAACAGUCCCUUAGUGACGAUGAAGAAUCGACAAGCCACUUCACCGAUGCCGAGGUGGUGGCGAUUACUACGCCAUCACCAAGUGAAGAAGAAAGACUUCGUGCUUGGGAAGCUGGUCAUCCGGAUUUCAUGGGUCGUGACGCGUUCGCCAACAUUCAGGCGGCGCUCGAUCGUGCUCUUCAAGAGUAA